CAACAUUGACUAAUUAUUGGGUGUAGAGGAAAAUAAAUAAAUUUGACAGGAUGAGUACGACAAGCAUUCAGAAAGCAGAUAUUGACAAUAAACUUGAAAGGGAGAAGAAUAAUUUGCUAAAUUUGAAGGAAGCCUUAAAUAAGAGCAACACCAACACUAACAACAUGCUGACAAUUCUGCAGAGCUUUGAAAACCGUCUCAGGAAACUGGAAAAUACAGUAGAGCCUGUAUAUAAUGAAACUGAAAUGUUGAGAAGAAGACAAGAACAUAUAGAAAAGACUAUGGUAACCCUUGACAAUGUGCUGGGCUACUAUCAUGUUGCAAAAGAAGUUGAGGAAUUCAUAAAAGAAGGGCCUCACAAUUGUGGAUUAGAGAAGUAUCUAUCAAUCAUGGACAGAUUAGUGCAGGCUCAUAACUAUUUCAACAAACAUAACCCAACCAGCCUGGAGCUUACAGAUGUGAUCCGUAUGUAUGAUGAUGGGAAGGAGGCUUUAGUGAUUGAGUUCAGGAACCUGCUGGGCAGACAUUGUAGGCCUGUACCUCCAGUCAUGAUCCUCGACAUGAUUUCAACAGAUGAGGAGCUACAGGGAUCAGAUGAUAAAUCUGAUAUCCAGCUGGAGCAUUUACCGGAGAAAAUUCUGAAUGAACUUGGCCUGAUCUCCUCUUGGCUUUUCAAUAACACUAAGAAUACAGAGUAUAUGAAGGACUAUACCAAAGCUAGAUCAUCCAUGCUGAUCAGAUCUCUGCAAGGGUUAAAGGACCACCUGAAGACAUCCACAGGCAGCAGUGUGUCACUGUUUACUAUGGGAGGAUCUCCUGCUCAGGCUGGUAAGAUGAAAGCUUCCAAAGAUACACCAGGCAGAAAGAGCUACAGGAAAAUGGCCCAUUCCUUUAAAAGAAGGGCAGCCACAGCACUAAUGCAGUCUCCGUUUGAUCCCGGACACAGGAGACAGGGUUCACACACUGAUAUCCCAAAGGAGGAAAAUCUGGAGGUGGAAGUGGACAUUUACAUCACAGAGUUAUCUGCUCUUCUUAAGCUCAUUCAGAGUGAGGCUCAGUUGAUGUCAGGUAUCAUUGCAGACAAGCACCACAGACAAGUGUUUGAUAACAUUAUACAGGAAGGCCUGGAUGCUGUUGUCAAAAAUGGAGAAUUGUUAGCAAAGAAUGCAAAGAAAAGUAUAGAAAAACAUGACUUCAUCAAUGUUCUGUCUGUAUUCCCUGUGGUUCGACAUUUGAGGUCCAUCAAACCAGAAUUUGAUCUCACUCUAGAGGGAUGUGCCACACCCACCAGAGCUAAACUGACUUCUUUGCUAUCCACUUUAGGCAGUACGGGUGCAAAAGCUUUAGAAGAAUUUGCUGUUAGCAUCAAGACUGACCCAGAGAAGGCAUCAAUGCCUAAAGAUGGAACAGUGCAUGAAUUAACAAAUAGGACCAUCAUAUUCCUUGAACCACUCCUAGAUUAUGCGGAUACUGCGGGGGCUAUGUUACUCCUUCAUGGAGAACAAGCAGCUCCUUCAGAAGCUGUUGAUGCUAAAAAGAGUAAACUUAAACUUGCAGACUAUAUCACAAAAACCCUCUCAGCUCUGGGUCUGAACUUGAGCAAUAAAGCAGAGACUUACAGUGACCCAACCCUGAGACCAGUCUUCAUGCUGAAUAAUUAUCACUAUAUACUGAAGUCACUCAAAAGAUCUGGUUUAUUGGAUCUUAUUCAUACGUGGAAUAAAGAUGUGGGACAAUUUUAUGAGGACAGAAUCAAUGAACAAAAGAAAUCAUAUUCUGAAAGUUGGAGUAGAGUGAUGCAUUAUAUCACUGAGGUCAAUGAACCAAUAUCUCAGCAAAGAAUACAAGCCAUGGAGUCCAGCAAAGAAAGGUUGAAAGACAAGGAAAAGCAAAACAUCAAAGACAAAUUUUCUGGUUUCAACAAAGAAUUGGAGGACAUUCUACGAAGUCAGAAAGGAUAUGCCAUUCCAGAUCCAGAAUUACGUGAACAAAUGAAGAAAGACAACAAAGACUUUAUCAUUCCUUCUUACAGAAUGUUCCUGGAUAAAUAUAAAAGACUAAACUUUACUAAAAACCCCACUAAGUACAUUAAAUACUCCGUACAGGACGUGGCAGAGGUGGUGGAUAAACUGUUUGAUAUGUCUGCUUAAUUCUUCUUUCAAUUGUAAUUCGACAUAUGUAACAAUUUGUUUUUCUUUGAGCACUUGUGAUAAUAUGAAUACUAAGCAUGUACAGGUCUCCGUUUACAUUUACUCAUGUAUUGCAGAUGAGAAGUGAGUAAAAUGAAAAUAACAUAUAUACCCGGUAAACAAAAAAUGCAACUAAGAAAAAGACAUGCUCUUUAUUUUAUCAAGAUCUUAAAAAUAUUAUUGUUAAAAAAUACAAACUUUAGAAAAAUUGGAUAUCGCGCAAUGAAAAAUGUAAAAUAACUUUUGGUCUUCAUAUUAUUGAUAAAUAAAACUGUUAACACAAUGCAACACUCUGAAGCAACUCGUUGAUAAGAAGGGGCAGAUGUGUUAAAAAACUAUAAUGUGUUACAAAAUAUAUGAUUUUAAGGAUAGCCUCCGUUGAGAAUUAAGUUCAUUGAACUCUGCUUAAACAAUUACUUUAAACACAAUAGAGUGCCAUCAGGACAUCUGUUUUUUAGCUCACCUCGACAAAGUCAAGAUGAGCUUAUGCUAUACCGGCGGCGUUGGCGUCCCGGUUAAAGUUUUAGGAGCAAGUCCAUUCCCAAGUAACUAUAAGCCCCACCUGGACCAAACUUGCAUGGAUGAUGCAUCUAGGGAUGAACACUACCACACUUGCUUUGGAUGCUGGAUCUGACCUAGAUUUUCCAGAUGAGUGACCAGGUUAAAGUUUUUUGGAGCAGGUCCAUACCUAAGUAACUAUAAGCCCUACCUGGACCAAACUUGCAUGGAUGAUGCAUCUAGGGAUGGACACUACCACACUUGCUUCGGAUGCUGGAUCUGACUUAGAUUUUCCAGAUGAGUGACCAGGUUAAAGUUUUUGGAGCAGGUCCAUUCCCAAGUAACUUUUAGCCCUACCUUGACCAAACUUGCAUGAAUGAUGCAUCUAGGGAUGGACACUACCACACUUGCUACAGAUGCUGGAUUUGACCUAGAUUGUCCAGAUGAGUGACCAGGUUAAAGUUUUUGGAGCAGGUCCAUUCCGAAGUAAAUAUUAGCCCGACCUUGAACAAACUUGCAUGGAUGAUGCAUCUAAGAAUGGACACUACCACACUUGCUUCGGAUGCUGGAUCUGACUUAGAUUUUCUAGAUGAGUGACCAGGUUAAAGUUUUUGGAGCAGGUCUAUUCCCAAGUAACUAUUAGCUCUACCUUGAACAAACGUGCAUGGAUGAUGCAUCUAGGGAUGAACACUACCACACUUGCUUUGGAUGCUGGAUCUGACCUAGAUUUUCCAGAUGAGUGACCAGGUUAAAGUUUUUUGGAGCAGGUCCAUACCUAAGUAACUAUAAGCCCUACCUGGACCAAACUUGCAUGGAUGAUACAUAUUGGGAUGUACGCUGAUCAACCUGCUUCGGAUGAUGGAUUCGACCUAGAUUUUGCACAUGAGUGAAUUUUAGCCAUAAUUUAACCAAACUAGCAUGGAUGAUUUAGCUAGGGAUGGUCACUUCCAGACUUGCUUUGGAUUCUGAAUCUGACCCACAUUUUCCAGAUGAGUGAUCAGGAUAAUUUUUUUGGAGUAGCUGUAUAACAUUAUGGCCUGUUAUGAUUAAAUUUGCAUAGAUGGUGCAUCUAAGGAUGAAAACUUCCAGACUUACUUUGGAUGUUGGUGGAACUGACCAAAAUUUUCUUGAUUAAUAAACAGGAUAAACUUUUUUGAACAGGUCUAUUUCCAAGUAACUAUAAUGUUGUACUUAAACCAAACUUGCAUGGAUAUUGAUCUUGGGAUGUACACUAAAAAAAAAAAAAGAAUAUGCUGUGAAAUUUGCCUUACUUAAAGAUACAUGUAAUAUUCGUCGAGGUGAGCUUCGUAAUCGUUAAUUACCUAUGUUUGUCUUGUGCAAUAUUUUAUAGAAUUUUUUAAAAUUAUCUUAAUUAAAAGAAGUAUGAAAUUUAA